AUGGUGGUAGAGCCAAGCGCAAGUGAUCCACUAUCACUGCCUGGCUACGUACGGUCACCGAUAAAGAUGUUGAAGCCGAGCCUCAUUUUGUGUUUUCUACUAAUUGGAUCAACGCUCCUUCCCACGGCAGCAGGCUGCAUGAGAGCGAAACGAGAAGUAGAAUCACCUCCGGUUGAUGAUGGUAGCGGCGAAGACUUUGUCAACAGCACUGCUCUUAUAAGUCCAGUAUUUGAAUCAACUUCCGAAGACAACGAGGUCGACGACGAAUUCGAAGAGUACGACCGGGGAUGGUCUGAUGACAAUCCGUUGCCGUGUGAGACAAAGAUCUGUCAAAACGGCGGCACCUGUAUUCGAAAGGAGCAUCCAUUUGGCGAAAAGUUCAUCGAGCAAUGCCUAUGUGCCGAUGGCUAUGACGGGGAACAUUGCGAAGACGUUUACGACUACCACCGUCACAUUGGCCCGGUCGCAGAAUUUUCGAGAUCGCCCGAGAUAAUUUCUACAACGACUAAGCUUGCCAUUACGCAGCCGUCAAAACGUAUACCCGUUGAGGUUUACGAGACGGUGUCUUAUUCGGCGCUCAGCUUCUUCGUCUGCAUGGCCAUCAUCACCAUCCUCAUCGCCAUCUAUGCGUACCGGAGGGUAUCUCGCCAGAUGGUGGAGGAGUCGACGUGGUGGUGGGAGAAAACGGAGGAACAAGAUGGGAGCAAGGGAUCUACCCUGCCCGGUUCCGGUUAUCUUAAUCGAUCAGGGGCAAUCAUUCGAGGUUCUCGGGCCAAUGCCGACGAGACUUUCGCUUCAGAAGUCGUGGGUCAUGUCCCCGAGUCCUUCUUCCGAAAGCAGUCCAUGUUACAACAAGAUCGACUUCUCAGCACUGCUAAUCGGUCUGGCGUCUCCAGGUGCUCGACCGCAACUUCAGCCAGACAUUCUCCUCUACGAAUGGAUAUAGUCGACGAGACGCUUCCUGUCCAAGAACGAUCUCACACUGCGUCACCGCUCAGCAUCCAUUCCACGAAAUUA